UCUGACCUAAAGAAGGUUUUUCAAGUCGACUGAUGCCAAGCGUGGUGUCACAAUUUCCUAAAGACACUCAUCCAUUCCUAUACGGCGGCUAUGUUUGCAUCUGUCUUAAAAAACGUGUGAGGAUUCGGUUCCCGAAAUGGAAACUUCUUCUUUUGUCUGAGACGUGCAUGUUAAAAAACAGUUGUGAUUUUUUUUUUUUGCUUCAUAUGUUGAUGCUCCACAUUGUAGCUUGCAAGCAUGGAUGAAUUUAUGGCAACCACAGAAGACUACUGGUUUUUCGAGUAUGAUAAUUACACCUCGUCCUAUGAAACCAGCAAGACGUACGCAGCCCCCUGCCACCAUGAGGACGUCUAUACGUUUGCCCAGAGAUACCUCCCCGUCGUCUACAGCCUCGUCUUCUUCCUGGCCGUGGUGGGCAACGCACUCGUACUGUGCGUGAUCCGACGCUACCGCAUCUCCCGCGGCGGCGCCUGUUCCUUCACCCUGACUGACACCUUCCUCCUCCACCUGGCCAUUUCCGACUUGCUGCUAGCCUUCACACUCCCACUGUUCGCCGUGCAAUGGGCCCACCAGUGGGUGUUCGGCGAGCUCGCCUGCAAGAUCUCCGGGGCUCUUUUCUCCCUCAACCGCUACAGCGGAAUUCUCUUCCUGGCUUGCAUCAGCUUCGACCGCUACCUGGCCAUCGUUCAUGCCGUCAGCUCCAGCUGGAAGCGUAGCACCUGCCAGGCGCAGAUCGCCUGCGGUCUCAUCUGGGUCGCCUGCUUGGUCCUGGGCGGCAUUGACAUAGCAUUUAAACAAGUGGGGGAAGUGGACAUCAUGGGUCAGCGAGGGAUGCUAGUGUGCCAGGUUUGGUUCAUGGAGAACCCCAUGCAGUGGCAAGUGAGCCUGCAGCUCGUCAGCGUGAUUCUGGGAUUCGGACUCCCGCUCCUGAUCAUGCUUUACUGCUAUAUCCAGAUCUUCCGGUCACUGUGCAACGCCACCCGUCGGCAAAAACGCAAGUCCCUGCGUCUCAUUGUGUCCCUGGUGUCCGUCUUUGUGUUUUGCUGGGCGCCUUACAACUGCUUCCAGUUGACUGACAGUCUGCAGAGGCUGGGGCUAGUGGCCGGGGGGUGCCAGUUUGGUCGCAUUGUGGACAUCGGGAUAAUGGUCACCGAGAGUGUAGGGCUGUCUCAUUGCGCUCUGAACCCGCUGCUGUACGGUUUCGUAGGGGUCAAGUUCCGUAGGGAGAUGGCUCGGAUGUUCAAAGGGUUGCUCGGAGCGAGAGGCUGGCUCGGCAUGGACGAAUGGAAGGACAGGAGGCGGAAAACAAGCUUGUACAGUUCUGCCGAGAGCGAGAACACCUCAUAUUCUGUCAUGGGGUGAUGGCGGGUUAGAGCAGGGGUCUCCAACAGGUCGCUCUCCAACCAUUCUUUAGAAGGGCCAAAUAAUCAUGGCCUUUUUUCCACUGCACAACGUUGUCUCUUUGGGGCAGUGCCCCAUUAGUUGGCGGCAUUCCCAUUUGGUUCACAUUUCAAAAUCCACGAGGGUUCACUUGAAAAUCGACCAAGCCCCAUCUUUCAGUCUCCUUCCCAUCUUUCAAUAGCCUCCUCUACAGCAGUCCCUCAUUUAUCACUGUUAAUUGGUUCCAGACCCAACCAGGAUAAGUGAAUUUCCGUGAAGUAGGAUUCAAUAUGAAUAAACGAGUUAGAGCAUAGAAAACAUCUUUUUGAUUUUAACAUUAUUAGAGCCAGGCUGCACAGCGGUUGAGUGGUUAGUAGACCUCACAGCUAGGAGACCAGGGUUCAAUUCCACACUCGACCAUCCCUGUGUGUAGUUCGCAUGUUCUCCCUGUGCAUGCGUGGGUUUUCUCCGGGUACUCCGGAUUCCUCCCACAUUCCAAAAACAUGCAAGGUUAAUUGGCGACUCCAAAUUGUCCAUAGGUAUGAAUGUGAGUGUGAAUGGUUGUUUGUCUAUAUGUGCCCUGUGAUUGGCUGGCGACCAGUCCAGGGUGUACCCAGCCUAUCGCCUGAAGACAGCUGGGAUAGGCUCCAGCACCCCCGCGACCCUUGUGAGGAAAAAGCGGUAGAAAAUAAAUGAAUUAGAGCCCUGUAGACAAGAAAUAACACCCCUAUAGUCACGUUCAUUAUUCUUGGUUCACGCCACAUUGAGCAGGCUACGGGAUCCCUGCAGGGACAGAAGAGAUACCACCAUUAGCAUAAGAUGCUACCGAGCUAAAUAGUUAGCCUCACCAAUUUCAUUCAUUCAUUCAUUUUCUACCGCUUAUCCUCACAAGGGUAGUGGGGGUGCUGGAGCCUAUCCCAGCUGUCUUCGGGCGAGAGGGCCUCGCCAAUUUACUAUUCUAUUUACUAUUCUAAACUUAAGAAUAUUUUUCAAACAAAGUGAGACAAGAGAAAGACAAAGUAUGAUGCCAAAAACGUACCACUUCCACACUGAAUGAGAGAACAUUUUCACUUCAUCAUGUAACAUUACAGAUGCCUAGUGACAACAAUACUACAUAUAACUUGUGAUAUAUUAUUUAAUUAAUGUAAUUAACAUUUUUUAUUAACAAUAAAAACAUCCGGGCUGCACGGUAGUGGAGUGGUUAGCGUGCAUACCUCACAGUUAGGAUACCAGGAUUCAAGUCCACCCUCGGCCAUCUCUGUGUGGAGUUUGCAUGUUUUCUCCGGGUACUCCGGUUUUCUCCCACAUUCCAAAAACAUGCUAGGUUAAUUGGUGACUCCAAAUUGUCCAUAGGUAUGAAUGUGAGUGUGAAUGGUUGUUUGUCUAUAUGUGCCCUGUGAUUGGCUGGCGACCAGUCCAGGGUGUAUCCCGUCUCUCGCCCGAAGACAGCUGGGAUAGGCUCUUCAUCAAAAAGAAACCAGAGUAUUCAACGAAAUGGAGACUGUGGAGUCUAAUUGACUUCAAAUCGAAUCCAUCAAUGAACAAUCACGCCUGGUUUAAAUCACCUUUGUAACAUUUGCAACCCCAUUUGACGGGGAUAGGACCUCACUGUGGAAAAGACGCAAUAUGUGUAUCAUAAUAAUAUCAUGUGUUGUUGUUUAGACACACACAUUUCUUAAAAAGGUUGGAGACCCCUGGCAAAGCAAAGAAAUAUUAUCAGAAUUUACACCAGGAAAGCUUUCUCAGUAUUGUGUGU